CGCAAGGUGACCAUCGAUGGCUGCGCAGUCCUCCACAAACGGCGACCGUCGCGGCGACUCCGAGCUGCAGCAUCCAGGGCCAUUCGCAAAAGAAAGGCUUGGCUCCCAACGGGACCUGGUUGAGGCUGGCCCGGCCCCUCAGCGGAGCCGGACAUCCAAUAGGAACCGCCGGCCGCGUCAGACGAGUGCUCGGCGGCAGGACCGGGCUGCGAGGAGUGUGGCCACCUGGACGUGCCAGCAGGAUGGGGCGCCGCCCCUGACCUUCUGCAGCAGCGCCCCAUGGAAAGCGCAGAGGCGGGUUCGCCGAGAUAGGCAGUUCCCUCUUCCGGACGGCGUCCGCUGUUGCCGGCUAUGUGCCACGCCGGUCUACUCGCAGACCCAUUUCCGAGGGUCUCUGCACCGGGCUCGAGAACGGGCCCUUUUCGAGGCUGGUGCUGGCGACCGCAAUCCGGCACCAAGCGGCCCGAAGAUUGCGGACUCGGAUUUGGCGGCCCUGUGCCAGCAACGCCUGCGAGACAACCCCGGCUUCGCGGCAGUGGUCGGUGCGGUGACCCCGACGGCGGCUAUCGAGAAUACGGCACCGGGCGUCGAGACCAAGGUGACCGGCGGCGGAGCUUCCCCCACACCCCCGCGUCAUACUGACGAACUGAUCCACGAACUGGGGGGGCUUUCGUGGCCGUGACCGGGCGUUGCGCAGGGGAGCGUGGGCACGAACAUAGCGCUGUGGGACUCCCCGUGAGUGCCAGUUUCCUUGUUCGGGCCGCCAUUAUUAUUAUCAUUUUGUUUUGUUAUGUUAUCAUUUCGUCUUUUGUACAAUAUA